GCUCUAUGACCUGGAUUUAGAAAAACUAACCUACAUUGGUUACAAGAGAGAGAAGUGAAAGAACACAUUUAUGUGAAGCCAGAAGAACCUACCUGGAACAGAAGAGGUGGUUGAAGGUUUUGUCUUCAUAACAUCUACAGCGACAUUACAGUAAUUAAAUCCACGUCCCCACUCAGUUCUAAAGAAACUCAUAAUCUUGAGACAUGUGACCAAAACCGUGCACAAGCUGACAUUGUUGGAGAUUUGAUAAGGUCAACGAUGUCAACGACACCAGCAGGGAAUUGAAUUGUUGUGUUUCAGCUCAAGACCCCCGAACUGACGGAGAGCCAAAGCCCCAAUGACACUGCUCAGAGAAAUAGAAAGGAAAACCUUAACACAAUGUAACUCCAAGUCAAUCACACUGCUGCUGGGUUCCUGUCAGGAUCUUGUGUUGUUUUGUUCUGUGUUUUUUUUUUUUACUUCUUGUUUUGAUUAGAUCAGCCUCCUUUGUUUCACUUUAGUUCGGUCCUUAGUUAGUAAUUCUAGUUUAUUAUGUUUGUUUAGUCCUUGUGUCUAGUUAUUCUUUGUUGCCUUUAGUUCCCUCACUCCCUGUGCCGUGUUUUCGUUCUCUCCUCCGUCCAUCGUCUUCAUUUCCUUGCCUUCCUGGUUCCUGCUCUUUGUGUUUUUCUCUGGCUGAUUGUAAGUUUUGUUUCAGCGUCAUUUGUUUUUCCAUUCUCUGCCUCUCUUCAUAUGAGUCCACUUAAAACACGACACUUCCAUGUUGAGUGAAAGUGUCAUUGCAGAAGACGUGAUUAGACCACAUCUUCCAGCAUUCUUUGUGUUGCAAACAUCACUCUGUGUCUUUCUCUCUCUCUCUCUUCCUCUUUUUCCCCCCUCACAAUACAUCAGAGCUGAUCAGAUAAGAACUGAACCCAUUAUAAAGGGACCUGGGAAGAAAAAAAAGCCUUGUCUUUUAGAGUCAACUUCCAACAAAGACAGUUCCUCUCUUUUGUUGUUUGGAAGAAGCACUGUUAAAACCUUCAAAGAGCACCCUGGAGAAGUUUUAAAGAAAGUCGUACACGUGUCCAGCUUUUUUAAAGUUCUUACAUCAGCCAGAGCUGAGAUCCGGGAGACUCGCACCGUGUCCAGCUCACUGCAGAAGCCCCUGGGAGAAGAGCCUGAGUCUACAGAGCCAGUCGAUUCUUCGAUUCUUCCAGCUGUUGAUCCUUCUCUUGGACCGGUCCCUGGAUAUCAUGUCUGAAUCUGAUCAACCCUCAAAAAUACGCUCUCCCUGUCAGUCCUGCUCCUGCUCCCUGGCAUUCUCUUGUGCGCCGCAGAGGAUCCCACCUACCAACACCGAGACUGGACAACAGAACCAGGAGGUGGAGCACGAGUGCUCUUCAACCAACAACAGAGUCUGUCGUUGCAAAGCUGGGUUUUACAUGAUGGAGGACUUCUGUGUCACACACACAGAAUGCGGCCCUGGACAUGGAGUUCAGGCUAUAGGUACACCAAAAAACGACACCAUGUGUGAAAAAUGUGCCAAAGGGUAUUUUUCCAGCUCAUCUUCUGCCUCUGAUCAGUGUGUAAAACAUCAGGACUGCUCAGGGGCCAGCGUCAUGCUCCUCCAAGGCUCAGCAUUCCACGACACAGUUUGUGGCACCUGUGAAAGUCUCGCAAAUGGAGGUGAUGACCUCAGAGCAGUCCUGUCUGCAUCAUUCACUGGGAGCAGGAUACCAAGAAGAGAUUUAAGAAGACUUAUUCACAAGAUCAUUCAUAAGGAUCAAGAGGAUGAUUUCACCGGAGACUCAGCUCUGCCAAAGCAGAGAGGCCCUCUUGUAGAUGUGAUCAGAGCGUGGCUGGCCCAGGCUACUCCAGAGCAGCUCAAAGAGCUGGCUAAAACCAUGAGGAAUUCCCAGUUUAGCUCCAUAGGGACUAAACUAGAAAGCAUCCUUGAUGAAAUUAAGCAGCGGAAUCCUACCUGCAGUUUAUAAAACCCAUGUGGGGAGCCUGUGCUGAGCUUAAACAUCCUUUCUCAUUGUGUGUGUUUACUGAACAUAUUUUUUUUUACAGAAAGUUUUUAAUUUUGCAAUCAUGUGCAGUAUUAUUGGGAGUAACAGAGGUUAUCAGUAUUACUAAAUGUUCUUCAUGUCUCUAUAGUCUGUAAAAAACAGUUCAUUCUUUGUUUUUGUUUCCUGUAUGAUGGGCCAGGUUCCCAUUCAUAGGAGCGUAAUGAUGUUUUUUUUGAAUAUCCCGGUGAAGUACUGAACUAUAUUUGUGUCAAAAAUAAGCUUUAGAAUGUUGUGAAAGGAAUGUAAAACGUUUUGUAACUAUAUGAAGUCAAACUGAAAUAAUAAACUGUUCUCGUACGGCAAC